AUGCAGAUUGAUUCUCCCAACCCAGGCUACCCGUUCACAUCACAUCACGAACAGUUCACCAUCUGCGCCGUGCUACGAACACCUGGUAACGACUUACUGUACAGCAUCACUCUACUAUCCGUACCAUUAUUCAAAAAGGGAUCCGUAGCCAAGUUCUCGUCUAUGCACCCAUACCCAUCUAACAUCAAAGACUGGAAAUAUGUACAGUACUCGAGUAAGGUUACCGGUAUUGUAGUCACUCCUAUGUUUCAUCCAGAGGCAGAGGAUGGCUUGCUCAUCACCAAAUGGCGUGUAAGCGAUCGGCUUGACUAA